GGAUUGCUGUGUUAACAGAAACCAUGACCUACGCAGGACGGCCAGGGAGUCACUGUUAUUUGAACAGUAAUCAGGCAGCGCCAUGGGUUCUGGCUCACUCUUCCCCCUACGGCCAGAUGACUGGGAUGCCAGGUGCUGCCCCUCCGUGGCCCUCAGUUUCCCCCCUUCACAUUGAGGAGCCUUGGCUUGGACUAAAGUUUUCUGGAGGUCCCUCCCAAGUUUGUUUACACAACUUCUUGGGGGGCGAGGACCUCAAAAGCCCCAAAGGGGCAUCCCCUUGACCUGACGCUGGGCGCUGCUGGGCCCCAGCUGGAGACUCUCCAGAACCCGGGCGGCCCCGAGCCUCGUCUGACUCGCGGCCUUCGAGCGUUGCCUGCGACACGCGACACGCGGUGGUCGCGCAUCAGGAUCCCUCCUCCGCACGCCCUGGCCGCCAUCCUCCAGGUAGCGCCACAGCGACAUCUCGUGGCGGAGAGCAUCUGCACCACUUGGCUCCUGGCCCGCCUGAGUCAGGGCGGGCCUCUGCGCUUUGGGGCGGGCAGCGCCGAGGCCGAGUGGAUACACACUCCCUGCGGGUGUAACCGGAUCGGACGGCGGGGCUGAAUUCUACACAACGGGCCCACGCUCCCGCCCAGCCUGCGUGGACGGUCCCGGCUCCCCCCGGAGAGGGGUGGGACUGCCGAGCCCCUCCCCCCAAAGCCCCGCCCCUCGCACCAGCAGCCGCUGACUGCGCCUGCGCACUGUCUCACACAUGCUCGCCUCCGCGAAGGUGCCGCUCCCAAGAAAUGUGUCCCAUGCGCCACGCCGUCUGUUUCCAGGGCAACCCGGCGCCUCUUAGCAACCCGGCGAGCAGCCUGGGUCGUUUCCAGGCGCCCCCAGCCUGCCAUGGCGGCCGCGGGUCCCAGCGUCUUCCUACUCAUGGUCAACGGGCAGGUGGAGAGCGCCCAGUUUCCUGAGUAUGAUGAUCUCUACUGCAAAUACUGCUUUGUGUAUGGCCAGGACUGGGCCCCCACGGCGGGUCUGGAGGAGGGCAUCUCACAGAUCACAUCCAAGAGCCAAGACGUGCGGCAGGCGCUGGUGUGGAACUUCCCCAUCGACGUCACCUUUAAAAGCACUAACCCCUACGGCUGGCCACAGAUCGUGCUCAGUGUGUAUGGACCAGACGUGUUUGGGAACGAUGUGGUUCGAGGCUAUGGGGCAGCGCACUUGCCUUUGUCGCCCGGCAGGCACAAAAGGACCAUCCCCAUGUUUGUCCCAGAAUCCACGUCUAAACUGCAAAAGUUUACGAGCUGGUUCAUGGGACGGCGGCCCGAGUACACAGACCCCAAGGUGGUGGCUCAGGGUGAAGGCCGGGAAGUGACCCGCGUCCGCUCUCAGGGCUUUGUCACUCUCCUCUUCAACGUGGUGACCAAGGACAUGAGGAAGCUGGGCUACGACACUGGGCCUUCUGACACGCAGGGCGUCUCCGGGCCCAGCCCACCGCCAGGACGCCCCCUGUGAAGGCGCCCAGCCCCUGCCCCCGCCCACCGGACCAGGCCCCGCCCGCCAGACCGGCCGUCCUCAGACAAGGCAGGUUGUCCUUCCAGAGAGUUGGCCUCGGAUACGUCUGCUUGACGCGUGGCCUCGUGGGACUGGGAAAGGGGGUGGGUGGAGGUUUUUAUAUAAUAAAGCAUCACCUUUUCACAGAA